CAGAAGGUGGCAGUCAUUUGAGCUGUGCUUUCGUCCCAGCUGUGCUGAAGCUGGGCUUGAUGUUGCAAUCUCUUGCAGGUGGGAGACGUGGUGUGUGUCAUUGACAUGCCACCAAAGGAGCUGUCCAUCUGGUGGAGAGGCAAGCAUGGGUUUCAGGUUGGGUUCUUCCCGAGUGAGUGUGUGGAACUGAUUAAGAACAAAGUUCCGCAGUCCCUCAUCGAUUCAGUGCCAAAGCCAGUGUCAAAGAAAGGGGGCAAGAUCAUGACCUUCCUUCGUUCGCUCGUGAAGGCCCGCCCAAAGAAAGCAAAGCAGCAGGAGACGGUGAAGGAAAGGGUGUUUGGGUGUGAGCUGGGCGAGCAUCUUCUCCACUCUGGCCACGACGUCCCCCAGGUCCUCAGGAGCUGCGCGGAAUUCAUUGAGCAGCACGGCGUGGUGCGGGGGAUAUACCGCCUGUCUGGCGUCGCCUCCAGGAUCCAGAAGCUGCGCCAGGAAUUCGAGUCUGAGCAGGUUCCUGAGCUAACGGACGUCCGCGACGUUCACAGCGUGAGCUCCCUCUGCAAAAUGUACUUCAGGGAGCUCCCGAGCCCUCUGCUGAGCGAGCAUCUGUAUGAGAAGUUCUCGGAGGCCGUUUCUGCCGCUACGGAUGAGGAGCGGCUGGUGAGCAUGCGGGACGUCCUCCAGCAGCUGCCCCCGCCUCAUUACAGGACCCUGGAGUACCUGAUGAGACACUUAGCUUGUCUGGCUGGGAGCUCCUCCGUCACAAAUAUGCACGCUAAGAACUUAGCGAUUGUGUGGGCUCCAAACCUCUUAAGAUCACCGCAGAGCGAGUCUGUGUGCGUCAGCGGAGGAGCUGCCUUCAUGGAAGUGCAGACGCAGUCGGCCGUGGUGGAGUUCAUCCUGACCCACACGGACGUCCUGUUCGGCUCCAGCUCCGCAUCAGACGUCGGAGAUGGAGCAGGGCACAGUUCUUUCUCAGGGCCCAAGUCUGCGGGGGUGUCUUCUCCUUCCACCAAGCUGCUCACACUGGAGGAGGCACAGGCACGGGCACGAGGCCACAGCGGCUCUCCCGUCAUGGCAGAGAGCAGGGAGAUUGAAGUGGAAGAAGGCCCCGCAGCUUUACAGGGGCAAUUCCACACAGUCAUCGACUUUCCACCCAAAAGCAAAAGUCCACCCAGAGAAAUGGAGAACUCAGCAGCUGGCUCUUGGUGUUCCUGCUUCAGCCUGGGAAAACCAUCCUCUGCGGCCAAGCGCAAACUGCGUCGCGAUCCCAGGGAGCCCUCAGAAACAGGAGUCACAGUCCUGGCAGGUGAAUGGAGCCCUUCUCAACCCGGAAGAGCCAGAGCGAGUAGUGGUGUACUGUGUGCUGCCAUCAGUGGAGAGCUGUCAGGGAGCAUGAAUGGCUGCUGUUCGGAUGACAGCCUUCCACUUGAGAACAGUGAUGGGGACAAGGAGGUCAUCCAAGUUUGUGCCCUCAUUUCUCCCGGCUCUGCUGAAGACGUUGUCCGGAGCGUGCCAGAGGAGACAGUCACUAGGUUGGAGUGUGACCCAGCGUCUUCCCAGUGUAGCCCACCCCAUGCAGAGUCCGAGUGCUCCGAGAGCAGCACCUCUGUGCAGGAGCAGGACAGCGUCCGUGAGGAGAAGCAGAGCCUCAUUGAGGAGGACGUAGAAGCAGGCAGCCGGACCCAGAAACCGGGCAGCACCACGAGCUCCGAGCCAGCCUCUCCGUGACGAGAGAAGACGAGU